GGGCAUCCUUUGGGUGAAGAUGGGCAAGCCCUCGGCGCCGCAGGAGGCGGAGGACAACAUGAAAUUAUUGCCGGUGGACUGUGAGAGAAAAACAGAUGAGUUCUGUCAGGCCAAGCAGAAGGCGGCCUUGCUGGAGCUGUUGCAUGAGCUGUACAACUUCCUGGCCAUCCAAGCAGGUAAUUUUGAAUGUGGCAAUCCGGAGAAGCUGAAAAGCAAAUGCAUCCCUGUUCUGGAGGCUCAGGAAUACAUAGCUAACGUGACCAGCAGCCCCUCCGCAAGGUUUGAGGCCGCGCUGACCUGGAUACUGAGCAGCAACAAGGACGUGGGCAUCUGGUUGAAAGGGGAAGACCCGUCUGAGCUGGUGACCACGGUGGACCAGGUGGUUUGCCUGGAGUCUGCCCGUCCCCGGAUGGGCGUCGGCUGCCGCCUGAGCCGUGCCCUGCUCACCGCUGUCACCCACGUGCUCAUCUUCUUCUGGUGCCUGGCCUUCCUGUGGGGCCUCCUGAUUCUCCUGAAGUACCGAUGGCGAAAGCUAGAAGAGGAAGAGCAGGCCAUGUACGAGAUGGUGAAGAAGAUUAUAGAUGUGGUCCAGGAUCACUAUGUGGACUGGGAGCAGGACAUGGAGCGCUACCCAUAUGUGGGCAUCCUCCACGUGCGAGACACCCUGAUCCCCCCACAGAGUCGGCGGCGCAUGAAGCGAGUGUGGGACCGCGCUGUGGAAUUCCUGGCUUCCAAUGAGUCCCGGAUCCAGACCGAGUCCCACCGCGUGGCUGGGGAGGACAUGCUGGUGUGGAGAUGGACUAAGCCUUCCUCCUUCUCUGACUCCGAGCGAUAGGACAGGGCCUGUUCCAGCCAGCCUGGCCUGGUCACCCAGCUGGGGCAAGGGCACAGACCUUCGGUGCUCAUUCACACCUGCCUUGAUUGCCCUCUCGAUCUCAGUUCUGGGACACGUGGGCUUCCUUAGAGUAGCAGGGAGGACAGGCGAGACCCUCCUCUGUGCCAGUCUCACUGACAGAAAGGGAGGAGGCUUGCUCUCCCUGGAUGGGAAGACGGCAGUGGUUGGAAUCCUGGGGGUCCCGCACACAGCUAGACAGCAACCAGUGAUCGGAAGCCCCUCGCUUGGGAAGGGGUCGGGUGGUGGGCUGGGCAGCAGGGGCCUGGGGAGCGCUUCGUCCGUCCGUGUGCCUUUGCAGUGUUUCCAGGGAGCGUGAGGGGGAGGGGAGGACGCUGUCCUGCUGCUGCUGCAUGGGCCUCCUUGUCCAGAGGGGAAGGUGCUGCAGGUUAGAGCCAGCUGGAGAGACAGCCACAGCUGCCCGUGCCUCAGUGCUUCUCACAGAUGGGAAGUGGGGCCUGAGCCAGGGAGGAACCUUCGCCUCCGGCCAGCCGGGCUCACCUCCUCGCUUUUACUGUGACAAGGCCUCUCCUGGCUGGUGAGCUGGAACAGGGCACCGGUGGGGUGCAGCAUUGCGGCUGCACACUGCCCCCUGCAGGCGGCAUGGGAGCAGUGUGCGCCGUUCGCCUGCUGUGCCGUGGAGGGCCCUGCUCCACAAACACCCAGUGGGGGUCUCAUUAGCUGAGAGGGAGGCUCGCCAGCAACUCUAGCCGGCCUCACCCACAGCACAGGAGGGUGGCGGGUGGACAGGAGGCGCAGCUGCCUCCUGAAGACACAGACGCCCCUUCUGGACCUGUUGCCGUUCUCUUAAUAAAGCACCAUCUCCGUUUAGCAAUACUCUCAUUUCCUCGUGUCCGGGUGGUCGGCAGGACUGGGGUCUGAGCAGGUGCCUGUGGCAAGGGCCUGUUCUCAUGAUCAGGCUCCAGCUAGAAGAAGCUUUUGUACUGGGGUGGAACUGCUGGAAAAAUAAAGUAUUUAUUGAAAAUGGA